AUGAAUGAUUCAUCCAAUUUAUUUUCAAUGCGCAGUCAGGCCGACGCACAGUUAGCUGAUCGUGUACUUGCUAUAUAUUCUCUGGUUCUUAUUUUAAUUGGUACACCAUGUAAUCUACUUUGCUGUUUAGUUUACUUUCAAAAAGAAAACCGGUCCAGCUCAAUAAAAAUUAUAUUCGGAUAUUUAGCUAUCCUUGAUACCAUUGUUUUGUAUACAUUUAAUUUAAAUUAUGUCAUACGAGAGUUUAAUCUUGACUAUCAAUUGAUUUAUUAUGGUAAAAAUAUUAGUAAAGAUGGAAGUUUAGACUUUCUUACUAGUGAUAGCAUCAAUAUUAUUGUUGUUAAAAGAAAUCUCGAAGAAUAUUCUCUGUCACUAUGUCGUCUUCUGUCGUAUAUAGCUUUCUCUAUUCUCCAAACAUCAUCUUGGAUAUUAGCAUUUGGUUCAUUAAAUCGCUAUUUACUAAUAUCAAAAAUACAAUAUUUUCAAUUUAUUUGUCAACGAUCAUAUACAAUAAUUAUAUGUUUAUGUAUAACGAUUUCAAUUUUUCUUGCAAAUAUUCAUAUACUUUGGAUGAAUGGUUACCGUUCGCCGGAAGGUAGUAUAAUAUGUUAUCAAAAUAGAUAUUUCAGCACCUACAUGUUAUGGUAUCAACGUAUUCAUUUAUGUAUCUAUUCGGCUUUGCCCAGUGUUAUUUUAUUCAUUUUAAAUUCCUUAUUAAUGCGGAUCGUCUUCGAUAGUAAAAAACGUUUGCAUAGCCAUAGAAGUCAAAGCUCAUCAACGGUAAUUUCACCUACAGAAGAGAGACAUAAACAACGAUUUUCAGUGCAACGUUUAUCAAUAACACCAUUAAGAAAAGUGAAUAAGACUAAAUCAAGAUCAUUGAAUCGACAUAGCAGAAAAUUAACCUUGUCAUUAAUAUUUAUAACAUUAUCUUAUUUUGUAUUGACAUUUCCAUCGACUGUUAUUUUUUCUUUUUUCCGUCCACACAUUGAACCUUUAAGUUUACGCCGUACAUUAUCGCUUUUAUUUACAAAUUUAUCAACAACAACACAUGUUAUUCGAUUUUUUAUCUAUUAUUUUUGUUCAAUCGAUUUUCGAAACAAUUUUUACAAUUUAUUUUCAUGUAAGAGAAAAACUCAUUUGCGAACCUCUCAUACAAGAUAA